AAUUGUCAUUCUGAGAGUGCUGAUACGUCUUGUUCUUCUACGCCUUCUGAUUCUACUGAUGGUCGUACUUGUACUCAAGUCGCAGGAAAUGGGCAUAAUUCCGAUCAACCUGCUGGUCCUGCUGUUCCUUCUGGCGAAAGAGGUGACCAGGGUCCUGCUGGUACUACAGAUGAAAGAGGUACAGUUGGCACUCGGCAGGGUUCUGAUACUCAAACUGGUAGUGGUCCUGUCUCUUCUUCCGCUCCUUCUAAUGCAUCUCCUCCAUCUGAAUCUACUGCUGAGGAGAGAAGGGAUACGUCCGCAACUGACCCACAACCUGAAGAACGAGGCGGCAGUACAACAGAAGAGAGUAGAGCUAACCAGGGAGGUGAUGCGGCACAAUCCACUUCUCCUUCAACCAACAAUUCAGCCACAGGGAGUGAAGGAGAAAGUGGUGCUGGGAGUGAUGCUACAACGGCUGAGAAUGGCAGUAAACCUACAGAGGGUGAGUCACCAAGUACCCAAGAAGGUGCUGAAGGAAAUACAGAUACAACCACCACCACUACAACAUUUCCUCCUGAACUCACAAACAACAAGAAGGGUGAUGCAGACAGCAGCAGCAGUAGUAUCAGCAGUUCUGUAUGGGUGCGUGUACCACUACUGAUUGUGGUUACACUGGCCUGUAUUCUUGUGUGCUGA